CACCCUGCAGCGCGGGCGCUGGAGCUCUUCCUGGAGUCGCUGCUGAAGAAGGCCUGCCAGGUGACCCAGUCCCGCAACGCCAAGACCAUGACCACGUCCCACCUGAAGCAGUGCAUUGAACUGGAGCAGCAGUUUGACUUUCUGAAGGACCUGGUAGCUUCCGUGCCGGACAUGCAGGGGGAUGGGGAAGACAACCACAUGGACGGAGACAAGGGUGCCCGGAGGGGGCGGAAGCCAGGUGGCAGCAGCAGGAAGAAUGGUGGCAUGGGCACUAAAGGCAAGGACAAGAAGCUGUCGGGGACAGACUCAGAACAGGAGGAUGAGUCAGAGGACACAGACACCGAGGGGGAGGAGGAGACCCUGCAGCCCCCACCCCAGGCCAACCACCCCCCUGCCCCCUUUCAGAGCCCCCCAACGCCCUUCAUACCCUUCACCUCCUCCACGAUGCCUCUGCCCCCGGCGCCCCCAGGCCCCUCAGCACCUGACGCGGAGGACGAAGAGGACUAUGACUCCUAGCACCCCCUGCCCCCCAGGCUGUGCCCCCUUUUAGUUGCUUUUAGUUGCUCUGGGGGGUGGGGGGAGGGGGGAGUGAAGGUCAAA